GAUGAAGGACUUACGGUCACUGGACGCAGGUCUGCAGAGGUGAAUGCAGCACUUGAUGUCGGGUUUGCUGCAGUAGAGCGCUGCUUUCUUGAGCUCGCUACAUCCACCACGCUCCCUACUUCCCAAUUGAUCAACCUAUUCUUGAAGAGUCGUGGACGCACCGUGAAUGGCACUAACUAUUGGAACCUAUACGCCAACUACUUCAAAGAGCAUAUGCAGAUAGAACUCGCGCGCAUUGGCAAAGAAGCCCAGGCUGGAGGUGCAACUGUGCGCACGCAAUGUUACGACAAAUUCAAAGAGGCCUAUCCUGACUCUUACCAAGAUAUCCUGCUCAUGCAUGAGGAGGCAUCACUCCUCGGAUCAUCGCCUCAAACAAUAGCUCAGCGUGGACAUGGAUUCCAGAAACACUAUCGAAGGGUGAUACAGAUU